CAUGAUUUUCGAGGAGUUGAUCUCUUUGGAAUUGAUAUUGGAAAAUGACCACUGCACAUCGUCCUACUUGGAACCCUGCUAAAGGUGGAAACGAACAAGGUGGUUUUCGACUCAAUGUUCCUUCUGCGAAGGUUUCUGCUCGUGACAUGCCAGGUCACUUGCACCUCAAAGAGAGAGGGAAAGGACAAGGUGCUCCUGAAGACUUGGAAGGAAGAGACUUGAAAAGAGAGUUGGAGGAAAAGGAACAACAACAUAGGAAGAAAACCAAAAUAGAAGAGUUGAAAGAAUAUGCGGAUGAAGAUGUGGAUGCCGACGUUUGGUUGGACGAAGAUACGGAUGAACAAGAAGAAGGUGGACAAGUAGAGAACGGGGAAGAAGAAGAAGAAGAAGACAGUAAUGACGAAGAAGAAGACGAACUGUUAAAAGAGUUGGAAAGAAUUAAGAGAGAACGUGAAGAAGAGCGAAGACGAAAGGAAGAAGAGGAAAGAGCGAAACAAGAGAGUUUGGAGUUGGAAAGAGCUAUGAGGGGCAAUCCUCUUUUAAAUGAGAUGGGAUGACGAUGUUGUCUUUCGAAAGCAAAACGACGACCCAGUUGUGGAAA